ACAUGGCAGCCUCCAUAAGAUCAUGUGUGUAUCGGCAGACCCGGUCGAUCUUGUCGUUAAAACAAUGUCGCCACAGCACCGUGAGGCUGUAUAGUCAGCAGUUGAGACAAACAACACAGGCAAAACAUAUCUGCACAGUGAACCCCACAGCAUCUGUCUUGAAAAAAACACCAAACUGGUUGUCAUGGCGAUUAAUCUCAACAUCAAGCUGUCUGCGGAGUGCGGAGGAGGCCAGCAAUGAGGCUGAGGAGGACUAUCACAGCAUCAUCAAGGACACAGAGAGAGGUCGAGGUCCUUCUGACCAGCAUGAGUUCCAGGCCGAGACUCGUCAACUGCUGGACAUUGUGGCCAAGUCUCUGUACUCGGAGAAGGAGGUGUUCAUCCGUGAGCUCAUCUCAAAUGCCAGCGACGCCCUGGAGAAACUGCGCUACGUGCAGCUGAGUGGGUCAGAGGUCAGCGAUGGAGGCACCCCUCUGGAGAUCCACAUUGCCACUGACGACACCAAGAAAACUUUCACAAUCCAGGACACAGGCAUCGGUCUGACGAAGGAGGAGCUGAUUGACAAUCUGGGAACCAUUGCCAAAUCUGGGUCUAAGGCCUUCAUCGAACAGCUUAAGGACAAGGCCGAUGCAUCAACCAAUCUGAUUGGUCAGUUUGGUGUUGGGUUCUAUUCUUCAUUCAUGGUGGCAGACCGAGUAGACGUGUACACGCAGUCACACAAGCCAGAUUCGCAGGCCUUGAAGUGGUCUUCUGACGGGUCUGGGUCCUAUGAGAUAUCGGAGGCGGAGGGCGUGCAGCGCGGCACCAAGAUCGUCAUCCACCUGAAGGGCGACUGCUAUGACUAUGCCAGGGAAGAGAUCAUCAAUGAUGUUGUCAAGAAGUACAGCAACUUUGUGGGUGUCCCCAUCUUCCUCAAUGGCAAACGGGCGAACAUCAUCCAGGCCCUCUGGAUGAUGGACCCCAAGGAAAUCACAGAGGACAUGCAUGAGUCGUUCUUCCGCUUCAUCGCCAACGCCUAUGACAAGCCUCGGUAUCACUUCCAGUACAAGACGGAUGCUCCACUCAACAUCCGGGCAUUGUUUUACAUCCCAGAAUACAAGCCAACCAUGUUUGACAUGAGUCGGGAGACGGAUGUGAGUGUCACACUGUACAGCAGGAAGGUGAUGAUCCUACAGAAGGCAAACAGCAUCCUGCCCAAAUGGCUCCGAUUUAUGAGAGGUGUGGUGGACAGCGAGGACAUCCCCCUCAAUCUGAGCCGUGAGCUGCUACAGGACAGCAACCUCAUCAGGAAGCUGCGUCAGGUGUUGACGGCUCGCGUCCUCAAGUUCCUGCUGGAACAGUCCCGCAAGGAUGAGGACAAAUACCUCAAGUUCUACGAGGACUACGGCAUGUUUUUCCGUGAAGGCAUCAUCACCACCAUGGAGCAGGACCAGCGGGAGGAGAUUUCAAAGCUGAUGAGGUUUGAGUCGUCCAAGUGUGCCCCGGGAGAGAAGGUCAGUCUACAGGACUACUCCCACCAUUAUGGUAGCUUGUGGGACAUCUACUUCCUGUCUGCUCCCAGUCGCGAGUUGGCGGAGUCCUCCCCCUACUUUGAAGCCAUGAAGAAGCAGGACACGGAGGUUCUGUUCCUGUACGAGCCCUACGAUGAGCUGGUCCUCAUGAACCUGGGACAGUUUGACCGGAAGAACCUCAAGUCCAUCGAGAACGAGAUCUCCGCUGACAAGGACGAUGCUUACAAGGUGGAUGAUCAAGAUGACAACAGCCUGAAGCAGGAUGAAGCCACAACGCUGAUGGACUGGCUUAAGUCCGUGCUGACCAACAAAGUCCAGCAGAUCAAGGUGACCAAGAGGCUGGAGACCCACCCAUGUAUUGUAACAGUUCUGGAGAUGGGGUCGGCUCGUCACUUCCUGCGGACGUCUCUGGCAGACAAGAGCCAGGAGGAGAGGUUCCGUCUCCUACAGCCCACCCUGGAGAUCAACCCAAGCCACACCCUGAUCAAGAAGCUGUACGCUCUGUCUUCUUCUGACCCUAAGCUCGCCACUCUACUUGCAGAACAGUUGUAUGAGAACGCGAUGAUAAAUGCGGGCCUGAUCGAUGAUCCCAGGACAAUGGUGGGUAGGCUGAACCAGCUGCUGGAGAGGGCGCUGCAAGACAAGUGAAGCACCUCCACCAGGUGGCCCUGACAGGAAGUAGGGGGCCGCUGUGAACGUCUGAACUGAGGAGGUGGCAGUGAACAAAAAUAGUAUGAACUAUUCCUCAUGAUGUCAUUCACAGACAUCAGGCUCUUAUUUGGUUUCUGUAACGUUUAUUUGUGACUCCAUGUUCAUAACUUCAGACACAAGAAAGCCAUCAUGUUGACAAAAUAAGUUUAAUAGAUUUUCAUCUGCUUUUCAUCUAGUCCUUCAUCUUUGAAAAAUGAGUUGCGGCAGAUCUUAUCAACAAAGUUAAUGCCAAUGUUCAGUGAAGACUAAUUUAGAAUUAAUGACAUUUAUAGAUCAUGACAUUUGUGCAAAUGUCAUAUUUCCCAUACAACUAUCAAAAGGUAAUAAGUUAUAUUUAACACCUGUUUGCCAGUAUUUAAUUGUCCAGGUAGUAUUUUCUUAAAAUGAAUAUUCUCAAAGAGUUGUGGAAAUACUUUGUUUGUGUGAAUGUAAGUUGUAGGGAAUGUAAUACUAUUUAGAGUGAUUGUAUGUAGUAGGAACUAUUUGCGUGUGAGUGUAUAUUAUAGAUGAUAUGAGUGACUAUAGGAGAGUGUGUAUAUACAUAGAUCUGACAGUACAGUUCCCAGUAGGUGUGGCUAGUAAUGGUCCUUGCCCACACAGCUGUGUUCAUUUGAAAAAUCAAACCUAAUUUGACCCUCAGAUUUAACAUUUGAAAUACUAUUCACAGAAAACUACUUUUGAUUUUGUCAAUAUAUGGGAAUUUGUUUCUGAUUUAAAUGUAUAUUGAAAAGAUGUGGCUAUAAAUAGGUUUUAUUUCAUGUAAAGGGAUUUUUCAAAUAAUUUUUAUACGUUUAAACAAGUGAAUACAGUUUAGAAGAUAUUAUGCUUUUUUCCACUGUUGAUGAAAUGAAUUCAUCUAUGGUAUCUUCAGAUCCUUCCCUUUUUUCAUCAAAAUUAUAGUUUUGUCAUGCUGGUUAUUUGAUUAUGCUCAGCCAUUGCCUGACAGACUCAGGUAUCCUUCUCAAUACAAGUUGAAAACACCAGAGUUUUUUAAAUGACUAUAUUCACAUGAGAGAUAAAGUCAGUUGAAAAAAAUCUGGUGUUUUUCAGAUUCUUGUGAGAAUUAUAUAUACCUUCUCCUGUGGAAGGUUGCAUGUAUCUACAGUUGUAGGUAAUGGUGCGUUUGUUUGUCGAGGACAGAUUUAUCAACAUGUUGAAACUGAAGUUUUCACAUCUUGUCCUUUCAGUUUGUUCAACGAAACUAUCCAUACUGCAUUUCACAUUAUAAUCAUUGCAAGUUUCUCACUGUAUAUGUGAACCUUUAACUACCCCAUCAGUGGUUAAAAGUGUGCCUAACGGGGGACAUAUGGCAACAAGGUAGCACCUUCCAUGUUUCUCUGUACAUCUCAUUGAAGGAGCCAGUCUUUAUUUGAUAUUCAUGAAAUAAACAGAAUCAAAUAUC